AUGGAUAGUUUUAUGAUAAAAGGAAAAAGUGGAAGUGGCUCAUCUGCUAUGAAACAACAAACUAUAAAUUCAAUGGUGAAUGAUAGAGAUUUGGUGGUUCGAGAUAUUUGUAGAUGCAUAUAUGGCAAUGCAUUGCCAUUUAAUUUAGUUAAGAGUCCAGUAUUUAUUAAUAUGGUGAAGUCUAUUAGUGAAUAUGGUAGAGGCUUAAAACCACCAACUUAUCAUGAAGUGAGGGUGUCAUAUUUGAAGAAAGAAGUUGAUCUUGUCCAUACUAGUUUGGAUAAAUAUAAGUUGGAAUGGAAGAAAACUGGUUGUACAUUGAUGUCAGAUGGAUGGACUGAUGGAAAGGGUAGAUCUCUUACUAAUUUUCUUGUUAAUAGUCCUAGAGGGACUGUUUUUAUAAAAUCUGUUGAUACAAGCAGCUUUAUUAAAGAUGCUGAAAAAAUGUUUGAAUUACUUGAUGAGAUGGUGAUGGAAAUUGGAGAAGAGAAUGUCGUUCAAGUAGUGACAGAUAGUGCUGCAGCCCUUGUAUCUGCUGGACAAAAGUUGAUGGAUAAAAGAAAGCAACUCUUUUGGUCACCCUAUGCAGCCCACUGUCUUAAUUUGAUUUUGGAAGAUAUUGGUGGCAUUACAGUGUUCUAUAAUACCAUUUGGAAAGCAAAAAAAAUUACAACUUUCAUUUAUAGGCACACAUGGGUGUUGAAUUUGUAUAGAACCUUUUCCAAAGGUAGAGAGUUAGCUAGGCCUGCAAUAACAAGGCCGGAAGCCAAAUUUGCAAAAAAUGUUGUUUUGGCUGAUAAAAGGUUUUGGAAAUCAAUACAUUAUUGCUUGAAAAUUGUGACUCCUCUUGUGAAAGUUCUUAGACUUGUGGAUGGUGAUUCAAAACCUGCAAUGGGAUACAUUUAUGAGGCUAUGGAUAGAGCAAAGGAAGAAAUAGCAAAGAGUUUUAAUCAUGAGGAAAAGAGAUAUAAGGAUGUUUGGGAAAUCAUUGACAAGCGUUGGGAUUUACAACUUCAUAGGCCUGUUCAUGCAGCCACCUAUUUUCUUAAUCCGAAGUUCCACUAUGACACAAAGUUCAACCCAGAUCGUGAGGUUAAAACUGGCUUGUGGAAGACAUUGGAGAAGAUGUGUCCUGAUAUUGAAACAAGGAUCACAAUUGAUUCCCAAAUUGAGAAAUUUGACAGGGCUGAAAGACUCUUUGGAAAUAGUUUAGCAAUUGCAACUAGAGCUAGUAAGCAACCUGCUUUAUGGUGGAAUAGUUUUGGAGACGAAUGCAAAGAGCUGCAAACAAUAGCUAUUCGUAUCCUAAGCCUCACUUGCAGUGCUACAAGGUGCGAGAGAAAUUGGAGUGUGUUUGAUCCAAUUCACUCUAAGAGAAGAAACCGUUUAGAGCAACAAAGGUUGAAUGCUCUUGUGUUUGUUAAAUACAACCUUCAACUUGAAAUUAGGCAAAAACAAAGGGAGGGAAAAGGAGACACAUAUGAUCCUAUCUGCUUAUCAGAUUUAGAUUCUGACGAGGAAUGGAUUACUGAGCAAGAGGAGCCUUGCCUAAUGGAUGAGGAAUCUUGUAUGGAUGUUCAUGAGUGCUUCAACGUUGAUGAAGGAGACCAAAGCAAAAAGAGAAAAAGAGGUCCUCGAAAUCUUCAAGAUGAUAGGAAUGAUAAAGGCAAAGGCAUCUUAAUACAAGAGGAUGUCAACAGGAAUGAUAACAGAAAAGGAUCUCAAAUUAUUGAACAAGAUAUGGGAGAUGAGUCAGAUGACUCUACUAAUGGAGAAGAUGAAAGACUAGAUAUGCCAAUACUAGAUCUUGAUAGUGAUAAUAGUGAUAAUAUUAGUCCUGAAAUUUAA